AUGUCCAAAAUCGCAAUCAUGCUGCAAUUGAAUGGGAAUUGGGAUAACUAUGACAGAUUUAGAGAUUUUGUAGUUGAUGCCAUUGUGGACAAGCAAACUAUAGCUGCUGCAAUGAAGCACUUUUCUGUGAUGCACAAGUUCCAGUUCAGAGUUAAAAGAUCUAGUCAUAGAAGGCCAGUAGUAAUAGUUGAUGGGACAUUCUUAAAGUCAGCCUAUAGGGGGAUUAUACUGACAGCAAGCACCAUGGAUGCAGCCGCACGGUCAUACACUCUGGAUGAAUUUAAUGAAAGGAUGUCGAAGAUUGAAGAGGUAGACCCGCGUGUGAAAUCUUACCUAUAUGAUAUUGGCUAUCAUAAAUGGUCAAGAGUGCAUGCAACAAUGAAUAGAACGUGGACAAUGACAUUAAAUAUUGCAGAGUCAUUGAACGCUGCAACAAAAGAUGCAAGAGAGCUGCCGAUAUUUGACCUUUUAGAGUAUAUACGGACACUGCUAGAACGUUGGACCAACGAGAAGUUAUUGAAAGCGAAAGGUACUUUCACAUUUCUUGGAUCCAAAUUCAACAAAGAAUUAGAGAACAACAGAACAUUAUCUGAGAAGCUUAGGGUGAGGGCUUCAACAGAUCAUAUACAUACUGUGUUAGAUGGUGUAAAGUGGUACAUUGUGUGUCUAGAAAAAAAGAAAUAUAGUUGUGACCAAUUCCAACUUGAAGAACUUCCAUGUGCGCAUGCUUUGGCAGCAUUAAGGCACAAGAAUGAAACAUAUGAAAACUAUUGCUCUCCGCAUUAUACAAGAGAGAGCCUUUUGCAUACGUAUGAAAUACCAAUAAAUCCUCUUCCUGAUGAAAGCAAAUGGAAUGUGCCACAACAUAUUUUGGAUGAGGUAGUAAAUCCACUGACGGGAGAUAAAAAGCAGUCAGGGAGACCUCAAAAGGAAAGAUAUAAAACAUAUGAUGAAAUAAAGUCAAAGAAAUACAAGGUGUCAUGUGGAAAUUGUGGAGGUGAAGGGCAUAACAAAAGAUCUUGCAAGAAUGCGCCCAAGAAGAAAUAA